AAACUAGAAAUGGAGAAAAGUUCGUAUCUUCGGUGGAAUUCCAACUAAACUUUGGGCUCAGUUUAAAACCCAAGCAGCGCAUUUUUGGGUCCUGCUUGCAAGUAACGUCUUUUUGGCGGAGGAGGGUGCAGUCAUCUAGUCGCCGGCCAGUCGCAUUUUGCAGUUACAAGUUGCAGGGUGAUGUCUCUGUGGCCGAAGCAGCAACCAAUGGGGGAUGAAAAGGACGCGUUUUAUGUUGUUCGCAAGGGAAAUGUUAUUGGCAUCUACAAAAGCUUAAGUGAUCUCCAAGCCCUAAUUCGGUCUUCUAUUGGAGAACCUUCUAUCAGUGUGUUUAAAGGGUAUUUCCUGGCCAAACAGUCUGAAGAAUAUCUUGCAUCUCACGGGCUUAAGAAUGCAAUGUACUCCGUUGACACCAUUGAUGUUCGCAAUGAUCUAUUUGGCUUACUCGUGCCCUGCCCUUUCCGGCAACCAGGAUCUUCUAAAGACAAACCACUCAGCAAGGAAUUUCAGGAGAAGAGAAUACUGGAAAUAACUGGACCUGCUAUGUAUUCAGCUGCUGUUGUUCCACAAAAACAAGGAAAAUUAGAUAAUUUCCUUGAAGUCCCUCCAAUUUCUUCUUACUGUAGCUCUUGUGUUCUUGAGUUUGAUGGUGCUUCAAAAGGAAACCCUGGACUUGCUGGUGCUGGGGCUGUUCUGCGUGCAGCAGACGGAAGUGUGGUUUUCCGGUUGCGUGAAGGUUUGGGCAUUGCAACUAACAAUGUUGCUGAGUACAGAGGUUUGAUAUUGGGAUUGAAGUAUGCUCUUGAGAAAGGCUUCAAACACAUACGUGCCCAAGGAGAUUCAAAGCUUGUCUGCAUGCAG